CACUCCCGUUCUAACUAUUCCCCAUCCACCAAUCAUGGCCACCAUCCAACUGACGGCCACCCUGCCGAGCCUGCCAGAUGGCUGGUCGGCGGAGAAGGACUUCAAGCCCAUCGAUCAUCUCUCCGCCCCCAUCUCCCGUGCCAUCGAGCCCGUGGGACCGCACUUCCUCGCCCACGCCCGCCGCAAGCGACACAAGCGCACCUUCAGCGAAGACGAGCGCAUCCAGGCGCAACAGACCGUCGCCAAAGCCCAGGAAGAAGACCCCGGCGACAUCAGCGAGGACGAGGACCCGGCUCUGCUUGCCCGCGAGGCCAAGGACUGGAAGACGCAGGAUCACUAUGCCGUGCUCGGCCUCAGCAAGUACCGCUACCGGGCCACGGAAGACCAGAUCAAGCGUGCGCACCGCAAGAAGGUGUUGAAGCACCACCCCGACAAGAAGGCGGCGAGCGGGCGGGAGGAGGGCGAUCAGUUCUUCAAGUGCAUUCAGCGAGCCACCGAUAUCCUGCUCGACCCGGUGAAGCGCCGACAGUUCGACAGUGUCGACGAGGAGGCCAACAUCGAGCCCCCCACCAAGAAGGAGGUGCAGAAAAAGCCGAACAACUUCUACAAGCUGUGGGGCGCGGUGUUUGUGAGCGAAGGCCGCUUCUCCGUCAAAUACCCGCUGAAAGACGUGCCCAAGAUCGGCGACGCCAACAGCAGCAAGGAGCACGUGGAGGAGUUCUACAACUUCUGGUACAACUUCGACUCGUGGAGGAGUUUCGAGUAUCUCGACGAAGAUGUGCCGGACGACAACGAAAACCGAGACCAGAAGAGACACAUGGAGCGCAAGAACAACAACGCGCGGAAGAAGCGGAAGACGGAAGACACGCAACGCCUGAGGAAGCUGGUCGACGAUUGCCUGGCCAUGGACGAGCGCAUCAAGCGCUUCCGACAAGAAGGCAACAAGGCCAAGAACCAAAAGAAGGCGGAGAAGGAGGCGGCGGAGCAAGCGGCCAAAGAGGAGGCGGCCAAGAAGAAGGCGGAGGACGAGCGCUUGCAAAAGGAGAAGGAAGAGGCCGACAAGGCGAUGAAGGAGGAGGGGAAGAAGGCCAAGGAAGCGGCGAAGAACGCGGCGAAGAAGAACAAACGUGUGAUCCGCGGGGCGAUCAAGGACGCCAACUACUUUGCGGAUGGCGAUGCGGAUGCCAAGACGAUCGACGGCACGCUGAACGACGUCGACGCCCUCAUCCUCAAGCUCGACAACGAGGAGGUGGCGCUGCUGAGCUCAAACCUCAACGGCAAGGACAAGACGGGCGCGAAGGUCGUCUUCCAGGAACAGGUUAAGACUUUGGUGGAUGCUGGGAAGGUCAAGGAAGGCGAGCUGAAGUGGCUGGCUUAGGUGACUUUGCAUUGUGGUGUUGGUUGCAAUCUACUGGACGAUGCUCGACAUCAUCCGUGGAGAGUCGUAGUUCAGUCAGCGGCUCAGUAGAAAUAGACUUGGUUUAUGCUCAUGCUCCCAUCUGUGCUGCCCUGGCGGUCUGUGCUCAGUGCUGGACGGAAUUAGAGAAUGUUCUUAACCUUAAGAAUCGUCUUCGAUCAAG